UUCAACAGUAUUUUGAGCAUUUACCCUGAGACAUUUCAAAUGAUACUAUAUGUAUAAUACUUGAUGGUAAUUAUUCAGAUUAAACCAUAUAUGUUUUGGAUGAAUUUUAGGUGAUCUCACAGGGAAAGAGAUGUGGAUUAGAAUGAUUGCUGUACGAGAGUGAGUUAAAAUGGUCAUUUCUUUUCUCAGAGAGUAGCCUUCUCUUCCAGUUCUUCCAGUUUUUCCAGUCUUACAAUAGAUCUGAGAAUGUUAUGGUGUUACCAAGGCUCUAGCGCUUCACAAAAUCUUUUUCCGAGAAGGAAACGAUUUGAAAACCAACGCGAGUAUAAAUGUUCUACCUGAAGUAUUUUUGUGCUUUGUGUUUAAAUGCAUUGAGGAUCGCAGUGUCCAGUCACCUAAUAUAAAACUUUUAAAAACAUUUAACUUUUCCUGCUUAUUCAUUUUAGGUUCAUCAUGUCAAUGCUAAAAAGCUGUCUGCUUCUCUUCAUUAUCUUCUCCAUGGGGAAUACAGCAGUGAAUGUUACAAGAAAUGCUAAUAGACUGGGUGCAGAUGAUUUGGCCAGAAGAUGCCCCACUACAUGGACAAAACUUGGACUCCGAUGCUACAAGGUUAUUCCUGAUCCGACUAACUGGAUCACAGCAGAGAGAAACUGUCAGAGUCUUGGUGCGAAUCUCGCAUCUGUGCGUAAUAAACUGGAGAAUAAAUUCAUGCUGAGUCUGCUGCCUUCUACCACACGUACUUGGAUUGGUGGUCAUGAUGCUGUACAAGAAGGACACUGGUUGUGGAGUGAUGGAACUGUGUUUUUGUACACCAACUGGUGGUCUGGAGAACCCAACAAUGCUGGUGUUCCUGAAAAUUACCAGGGUGCCGAGGACUGUUUGGAGAUCAACUUUUCCUCUGACCAUUGCUGGAAUGAUUCUCCCUGUUCAAGCUUAUUAUCCUCUAUCUGUGUUAAGGACCUGUGAGAACGUUAUCCUGCUCCACGGUUACUUUGAUUGCACUAUAUUUUUAUUCUGAAAUCAAAUCUCUUCUAAACUUUAACCUCUUUUCAAUAUCUUCUCUGAAACACUCCUCAAAUUAAUAAAAGCAUUGA